UCCACAAUCACUCCCACCCACCCUUUUGGAUUCCCCACUUGAGCCGAAAAGGUUUUUACGAAACGAAGGCAAACUGCAACUUUCUUGCUUCUAUGGAUCACGAACCGAGCAAGUUUGGAUCCGAAGCUACACUUUGAUGUCACUUUAUGAUUUUGGGCUUCAAAAAGGAAAUGAUGAAAUCUGCAGAAGAGGACGCAUACGGCUACACGCCCAAUGUCAGCCUCUCCCUCCCGCUGGGCAACCCUUGCCUCACCCCGCAGUACCUGAGCCUCCAGACCAGCCCCGUCAUCUCGAUCUCUGAGGCCCACGUCUUUGACGGCCAGGACGACCUGAGCGCCGCCGGCUACUACCCGGUCCGCCCGAACGGGGCGCCCGCCUUGGAGAGCCCCCGCAUCGAGAUCACCGCCUACGGUCAGUUCCCUGAGGACGAGGUAGAGCAGGACAGGCUCCCCGUGACCAAGCGGGUCAACUCCGUGGUUACGUUGACCCUCCCCAGCGGCGAAGGCUACCGGGAUCCCAGCUGCCUCAGUCCGGCCAGCAGCGUCUCGUCCCGCAGUUGCCAGUCGGAAGCUUCGUCCUACGAGUCGAGCUUCUCGUACAACUACGACCAAUCGCCGCAAAACUCUCCCUGGCAAUCGCCUACGGUGUCCCCCAAGGGUUCCACCCUGGCCCUGCCCAGCAGUUCACCGCGCCACUCCCCGUCCACGUCACCCAGCACCGGCGUGACGGAUGACCCCUUUAUCGGCCGGGGUAGCUCUCGGCCUAACUCCCCUUGUGGUGCCAAGAGGAAGUACAGCUUCAACGGUGGCGGCACGGCGCACAAGCACUACCAGCACACGCCCAUCCACUCCCCGGGGCCAUCGCCCCAAACCUCGCCUCGCCUCAGCGUCACAGAGGAGUCCUGGCUUGCCAACACCAACCAAUACACCAACUCCGCCAUCUUGGCGGCGAUCAAUGCCCUGAGCACGGACGGCGUGGCUGACCUGGUGGAAGGCAUCCCCAUGAAAGCCCGUCGGACCAGCCUCGACCACAGCCCCACCGUCAGCCUCAAGCUGGAACCCGGCGGCGAAGAGCUGCUCCCCGGGGAGCUCUGUCGUGACGAACACCCCUCCAACCGCCUGAAAAAGGAGGCGUACUGCGGAGGUUUUCUUGACGUGCCUCAGCACCAGUACUCCUGGUCCAAACCCAAGCAGUUUGUCAGCCCAUCUCUGCCGGCCUUGGACUGGCAAUUGCCGUCCAGCUCCGGACCGUACAGCCUUCAGAUCGAAGUGCAGCCCAAGUCCCACCACCGGGCCCACUAUGAGACUGAAGGCAGCAGGGGGGCAGUGAAGGCUCUGGGCGGAGGACACCCCAUUGUACAGCUGCACGGCUACGUGUCCAAGGAGCCGCUGACGUUGCAGCUAUUUAUCGGCACGGCGGACGAACGCCUGCUACGGCCGCACGCCUUCUACCAGGUGCACCGCAUCACCGGCAAGACCGUGUCCACGCCCAGCCACGAGGCCGUCUGCAACAACAACACCAAAGUUCUCGAGAUCCCUCUCCUGCCCGACAACAACAUGCGAGCCAUGAUCGACUGCGCCGGGAUUCUGAAACUGCGCAAUUCGGACAUCGAGCUGCGUAAGGGCGAGACUGACAUCGGCCGCAAGAACACACGUGUGCGGAUGGUGUUCCGGGUCCACAUCGGACAGGCCGGCGGCAGGACCGUCUCCCUUCAGGCUGCCUCCAACCCAAUCGAGUGCUCCCAGAGGUCGGCCCAAGAGCUGCCCCUGGUAGACAAGCAGAACCUGGAGACCAGCGCUGCCCCCGGAGGCCAAACCAUGAAAUUGGAUGGGCACAACUUCCAGGCUGACUCUAAGGUGGUGUUUGUGGAGAAGGCUCAAGACGGGCAUCACAUAUGGGAGACCGAAGCCAAAGUGGACCGAGAUGCCUCCAAGCAUAACACACUCCUGGUGGAAAUCCCGCCUUACCGCAACCAGCAUCUCUCCACGCCGGCACAUGUCAACUUUUACGUCUGCAACGGCAAGCGGAAACGGAGUCAGUACCAGCGCUUCACUUACGUGCCUUCCACAGUGCCGACCAUCAAAAGCGAGCCCCGGGACGACUACGACGCCCCUCUGCUGCGGCCCGGCCUCUCGGGGCACCCCAAGACCUACUUCCCGCCUCAGCUGACGUACGGCCAGCAAAGAUCAGCGGCCGAGCCCAACUCGGGCUCCUCGCCGAGCACCAGCCCCAAACUCCACGACUUGUCGCCGCCUCGGCUGCCUCCGCCUUUCCCCGUGCCCCACGUCUCCAUCAUCCAAGAGACCCCCGGCCGCUUUCAGCCGCCGUCCCAGCCGUCCACGCCCGAGGCGCCGUUCUCCCCCGGUGGCAGCCCUACCAAAGGGCCGGAGAGCCCCCGGACGUUGGGCGUCAACAUCAAGCAGGAGCCGCAGGAGCUGGACCAGAUGUACCUUGAUGAUGUCAACGAGAUCAUCAGGAACGACCUGUCCAGCAUCUCGGUCCACAGCCACGCAUAGGACCAUAUAUCCAAAUGACAUUUAGUCCCUUUCAAUUAAAAAAAACAAAAAAAGGACCAAGCAUCACUUUAAGAAGCAUCCAGUGCCUAAUAGGUCAUGUGACUAUACAAAUCGCAAUAUUCAUGAAAAUAAGUGCCUUUCAAUAAGCGCACACUUUCAGUUGGUUUUUAAACGUUCAUGCACUUACUGUACAGUUUGUAAUGUAUUUCUACGCAUUUAGACAAUCGAUUAAAAUGAUUCAGUAUGGCUACCAAAGAACAAAUCAUCUCAAAUCCAGCAAAGCUUGACUUCACAUUGCUGCCAAGACCAAAGAAACAAAAGCUAACCAGCGGCAAUAAUAAUUACAUAGUAAUAUUUGAAUGUUUUUAAGUAAUAUUUGAAGGUUUCUAAUAUUUAUUCAGCUUGCAUGUGCUCUUUGUAUCAAUGUUUACCAUGCAGCCUCUUCCCAUUAGGCUCUUUUUUUUUUUUUUAUACACAUGUAUUUAUGAGUCUUAUUGCAUCUCAUUGGAGUUUGCCAAAGAAUCCUUGUUAAUAGGCCACUUAUUAAUCAAAAAUACUACUUAGAGUUGGAUUUGUAUCUUUGUUACUAAAUCAUGCAAACUGCGCAGAGUAAAUCAUGCUUAGAUCCUUGUUUUUCAUAUGGACAUGGCAACAAUUUGUUCAACACAAUAAAGUACUUUUUUUAGAUACAAAA